CUGGCUGGAGGAGGACGGGGUAAGAUGUGUCAGUUCAGGUGUGUCCUGGCUUAACUAUUAAACCCGGACUCUAUCCAGUGAAGUUCCUCUGCUCACCUCCUCAAACCACUCCACACUGGGACUUUCACCUGCAGCUUUUUACUGUGUGGCUUCUCGUUUCCUGCGAAAAUGUUGGAAAAGACCUUUUUCCUGCUCUGUUUAUCAUCCGCUCUGGGAAAUGAACUCUGUACACCAGAUGCUUCAGACGGCUACAAAGUUCGACUCAGCAUCAACACUGCUCUGGGAGAUGAAGCUUAUCCCUGGAAUGCAAAUGAGAUGUUCCUUUUCCGAGCCUCUUUGGCCUUUGCCAUGAGGAAUCACAUCGCUGGACAGAUAUUUGAGGUGUCAAACAUUGUUGUGUGCGAUGAGACUCCCAGAGUGUCCUUCUGGUUUGUGGUGACCUCACCGCUGAACCCUUCAGAACUCGUCAAUAAAGGAAAUGUGGAAGAGGCCGUCAGAAAGUCCAGGAAUCGAAUCAACAGUGCCUUCCUGCUCUCCGACAACACUCUGGAGUUUGUGGGCAUCCCUGCCAUCCUAGCAGCACCCGUCAACCCUGACACCCCCCCGUGGCUCAUCGUGUUCGGGGUGGUCAUGGGUCUUGUGUUUGCCGGCAUCAUCGCUGUGCUUGUAUUGUCUGUGGUCCAAAAGAAACGCAAAAAGAGCGGGAAGAUGGACGACGAGGACACUGAAGUGGAGAUCCGGCCGAAAGCGAUGGAAAAUGGUGACGGUGUUUACAACCUGUCUUUCACAGAUGAUGAGCCGAUCACACAGAUGUAAAGUGCUUGUGUAUAGAAAGUCUUCCAUGUAAGCAACAAGGGGGGGAGACGUUAUUGAGCUGCUCGAUGUGGAUUAUCAAUACUUUCUGUUGGUGAUUAUAGUUAAUGAUAAGUUUCAAAAGCAAAUAUACUUUUUCAUUGUUUCCUUUUUUAAGCAAACAUGCACGUUGCUUUAAUUUUCCAAAUUGAUGUGUAAAUGAUUGAUAAAUCUAAUUUGUUAAUAUUUUGCAGAAGCCUAUGUCUGAGGACAUUCUACACAAUCAUUUACUGAACUGUACAUUAUUGAUUUGCUUAGCAAAUAACAUUUAGACCAAAACUAAUUACUAGCUCAAUGGCCAAGCAAAUGUAUGGCUGAGAUUUAUGGCAAAAAUUGUAAUCUUGCUAUAUGCAAAUCAUUUCAGGAUUCAGAUACACAUGUAUCUAAAUGUUUAUCUAGUUGCGUACUAUAUCUCACUCUCAAAAUGUGACUGAACUUGAUCACAGAUGAAAAUGACAGCCCAGAGGAGAUGUCAGCUGUGAGCUCAUCCUUCUGCUCUCUAUUUGUUUGCCAUCAGUCUCCCUUUUUCCCAGAUUACACGGUGACAGUGAAAAUCCCUCUAAACUCAGUGACGGGUUUAGCUGCAGCAGGCGAGGCAGCCCUCCAGCUCUUUAUCACGAUGGUUGGCAGAAAUGUAGCUCGACACAAUUUUCAUAUUGUUGGCAUAGAACAGAGCAGCUUCCUUUGAACACACAGAUUUGUGUAAACAAUGGAUGAUUCAAAAUAAAAGUCCUGCAUUGGGGCCAGUGUAGGUGAACCUUUUCUAAUUCUAACCAUGGAAUUAGAAAAAGGGCUUUUCUAGACAUUCCCUAAAUAGUUAAAUAAAAUAAAAAUAGUACCCUACCUUCAGCAAGUACAAAAAUAACCUCCCUGCUUUAUUUACAUUGUGUCCCUUCACAUAAGUACGAGCCAGAAAGUCUUAGGGAAUCUCCUAUGGCAGCAUCAUUCUUUACAAACAACUUUUUGUCAUGAUUUUAUAAAAGCUAUGGUCUUUUACUGAAAACUGAACUUCAAUUUCCUGUGUAUUUUAUUUAACAUAUUGUUCUCCAACUGUGCUGGGAUCAUUGGAUACACUACACGGAUACAGUGCAUUUAUUGACCUUCAGGUGGCACUGUUGCACUGCCAACUUGCCUGAACACGCACUGUAGUCCCCCUAUCUAGCUGUCUUCAUAUUGGCACUAUUUUAUGUAUGUGUUUUUUGAACAUUUGAAUUUCAAACAUAUUGUAAUUCACUGUUGUUUUAUUUUUGUCGCCCUGUCUGAAGUGAUAAAAGUGUGUGAGUCCGUCAUA